AAACCCUGUCUUGAAAAACCGGAAAAAAAAAAAAAAACAACAACAGUAAGACCAAACAGUCAUCUUUUUACCACACAGAAGACCAAUAAAGCAUGGCCGCCAGGUGAGCAUUACCCCAUUACCCACAUACUCACUCCCUUGGGAGGACAGUUCAGCCCAUCUUGGGGAACACCCCAAAAUCAGGUGGGAUUGGUAUGUGGAAGCCAGAACAGCUCAGUGGCAGGGUAAAGAUGAACAAAAUCUUAAAGCUCUCCUGGUGGCAACACCAUCUCACAUGGCAGGGGACAAGCCAAGGUCACACCACAAUAAAGCCAGACCUCAGAGCUGCCAACACUCUACCAGGGCCAAGCCCACAUGGGUACCACAUCAGGAGCUGGUGUCCCAACAGAAGCAAACUGCGUGUAAUACCUCUCAGGGUACCUGACAGCCACUGUUGUUCUUUAACAGUGGGGAAGAGAAUAUUAGUUCCCAAGGAAUGCAAUACUGCCCACACAAAGAGAACAGCCUGAAAGAUAAGGCUGCCAGAUCUGAACAAACACAAGGCUUCCUAUAUAAGGAGCAGCCAGGCAGCAGCACCACAUCCUCAGAGGCAUUCCAGGGCAAUCUGUACCCAGCACCAAGACCAUGCUGUCUUCAGGGACCAUCUGCAGUCUGCUACUCCUCAGUGUGCUAUGGAUGGAUGUGGCCAUGACGGGCUCCAGCUUCCUGAGCCCAGAGCACCAGAAAGCCCAGCAGAGAAAAGAAUCCAAGAAGCCACAGGCCAAACUGCAGCCACGAUCUCUGGAAGGCUGGCUCCACCCAGAGGGCAGAGGACAGGCAGAAGGGACAGAGGAGGAACUGGAGAUCAGGUUCAAUGCUCCUUUUGACGUGGGUAUCAAGCUGUCAGGAGCUCAGUACCAGCAGCAUGGCCGGGCCCUGGGGAAGUUUCUUCAGGACAUCCUCUGGGAAGAGGUCAAAGAAGCACCAGCUGACAAGUGACUACUGACAGGACUGCCCACUGAGUUCCUCCUGAGCAAGAACUCACAUCCAACCUUAGGCUCCGCUGCAAUUCCCAGCACUCUCCUACUGCUUUAAGAAUAAAUGCUCAAGCUGUGUGCCGAA